AUGGACCCAUUCGCGGCAAUCGGCUUCGCAGGCAAUAUUAUCACUUUUGUAGACUUUGGGUUCAAACUCAUUUCCGCAGCCAAUAACAUAUACGAGUCAAAGUCAGGCGCCAGUGCGGACAACGAAGAUUUAUCUUCUAUGACGGGACGUCUCCAACAGCUCACUGCCAAGUUGAAAGGGGCUAAGCAUAUUGGUUCUUCUUCACAGCAGAAUAACGCUCUUUAUGGCAUCGCUGCCGAGUGCGAAAAUGCGUCGGAGGAACUUAUGAAGUUGCUCGAUAAGCUGAAGACCAAAACCCCAGAUUCUCGACGACAUGCAUUGAAAGCUGCAGUACGCAACUGGCGGAAGAGUGACCAGAAGUCUGAAUUGGAAAAGAGAUUGGAUCGUUGUAAACAGCAGCUAGGGCUGGAACUCCUCAGCUCUAUAAAAUCCGACUCACUAGAACUCCUCGAUCGGCUUAUCACAAGUGGCAAAGCUAGUCAAGAUGAGUUACGGUCGCUUAGUAGGAACAUCGAAUCUCUGCGUCAAGGUACCAACGUCUCUUGCCUCAGUACCGAAGCACUGGGUCAAGUCCGGUCAUUAGUUCAAUUAAGCGAUGAGGCUAUCUUGAAGACACGCCAGGCCCGGGUUCUAGACUCACUACGUUUUCAAUUGAUGAAUGAAAGGUUCGAAGAUAUCGAAGAAGCUUAUGAGAAAACAUUCGACUGGAUUUUCGACAUUAGUGCCACAGGACCGGUAGAUAAUACCCAAGAGAGGGUCCAUGAUUCUUUCUCUGUUACUCACAGUCUAGAAGAACAACUAAGUGAUAGUUCGAGCUUGAAAUGGAUCCUAGACGAUGCGUCGUCCAUGGCAGAAAGUGAAAACUCCGUUAAACCUUUAGAUAGACUUUGGUAUGCCUCAGCACCAGUACCACGCGCUAUUUCUAGAGUAGCAGAUAUACCUGAAUCGAAAUGGCAAGCCAUGGCUGAAGCUCGGGAUAGCUUUAUUGCUUGGCUCAGAAAAGGCACAGGAAUAUUUUACAUCUCGGGCAAGCCAGGUUCUGGGAAAUCGACACUAAUGAAGCACCUUGUUCGACAUCGCAAAACAAUGGAUUACCUAGAAAUCUGGGCGGACGGGAAGAAGCUUGUGUUGGGUAAAUUCUUUUUUUGGAAGCCGGGAUCUGAUCUGCAGAAAAAUACCAAUGGCUUGAUUCGAGGGUUACUACAUUGCCUCCUCUCAGAAUGCCCUGAACUUAUACACCUCGCGUUUCCAGAGCAGUGGAAAGAAUCAAUGCAAAGACAAAAUGUUUACAUUGAACAUCAUGAAUGCCGGCAAGCAUUCGAGAGGCUCAUAGAAAAACAGGCUUAUGGACAGCAUAAGUUUGUGUUUUUUAUAGACGGCCUUGACGAGUUCGAAGGGCACCAUGCAGAUUUGGCCAGACAACUAGUUAGGUGGACCAAUGGAACACAGAAUGUGAAGCUCUGUAUCUCAAGCCGGGAAUGGCCGAUAUUUCAAGAUGCAUUUGAGAAUUAUCCUAGAAUCCGACUGCACGACCUUACACGGUAUGAUAUCCAGCGGUUCGUCAGAGAUAGAUUGUGCGAGAUGAAUAUUGAUGUCCUGGUGAGAAGUGGUGACAUCUUUAAUGAUGGCGAUGAACCAUCGAACACGUACAAGAUCAUGGCCUUGGAAGACAGCAUUGUUGAGGGGUCGGAAGGCGUCUUCCUAUGGGUAUCGCUUGUUCUUCGACAUAUCGAAAACGGAAUUGCAAAUGGCGACCGAAUACAAGAUCUAAUGAGACUCAUCGAGUCGCUUCCCACUGACCUUGAGCCUAUGCUUAAACAACUCUUGGAUUCGAUUCCUGCCAAUAACCGAAAACUAGCAUAUAGCAUGCUCUCCCUGGCUCACUUCGCCACUACACAUGGAAACCAAAUGUGCCUAAUGCAAUACUCGUUCCUGGGGGAAUAUAUCGAGAACCAGAACUUUGCAAUAGACUGGCCUAUUAGACUAUUCACGGCUUCGGAGCUUAGAGAAAGAUUGGAAAGAAGCGAAAGGCGGGUAUAUGGUGUGUGCAAAGGAUUUCUCGAACUACGCGAGCCUCCCGCUGAGACUACAUAUCCGAAUAUGCUCGGAGGUGUGGUCCGCCUUAUACAUCGGUCUAUCACAGAGUUCCUAGAAAGCCAACAUUUUAAGCCGAGAGUAGACUUCGAAUUACCUGGGUUUGAUCCCUUUGACGCACUUUGCCAGACAUAUCUGGGCCAGCUUAAGCGUGUCCGUCUCCCUAUGUCCUAUUUCUCUCCUAGGGCAUCUUCUCUUAAUAACCGAUACCCCUGGGGCUAUGAUUUCAAGGAUGAUGCAUAUAAUAUCUUCGCUUACCCAUCCCACCCGACAUUCAAACAAGAUAUCCUGCGGAUUAUUUCCCAACGGGACUAUCACGAUCGACACUGGGCCCGUCCGCGUUUCAACCAGUUCUUAGACGGCACCUAUCGCACGGUGGCUAACUUGGAAACCCGCCCGUGUAUACUUCACAUGUAUUAUUUUAGGAGGCUAAUUGAAGUACGUCCCGAAAAUGUCAUCAUUAUAAUUUGCAUACUAGUUGGAGCCCACGAACACCUUCCUUUAGGGAAAGAUGUAGACUCUAAACUGGUAGACUUAUGUGCUUCCUCGUGUCUGUAUGAUAUUGGACGGAGCCACCAUUUGAACAGGGACGAACCAUUCAACUUUAUUGGACCACUUCAGACCUUCUUUGACCGAGGUGCUUCUCCCGAUUCUAAGUUGGGACGUUUCAAUGGACCCGAGUUUCACCAGCUUCUUGCACUUUGGUGUACUGGAUAUACACCAAGUUUCGCUAUCAUCGCGUUCAUGCUCUAUCACGGUGUAAACCCAAGGUUUGCUAUUGUGAUAAGGAGAGAUAUAUAUAAAUUGGAGAUCGACCCGAGCUGCUAUCGUUUAAAGGUACAUUUUAAAUCAGAAUGUCCGUCGAUACAGCCAGGAAACGAAGUAGAGAAUAUGCGAACGACAAUACUAUCAACCAGGGCACUCAUAGCAUCCCCACAACUAUUUAGAAUUAUCGGCAACUACGGUGAUGUUAUUGACUUAAGAACCUUGGUUUCGAUUUGGUUCCCGGAUCAAAGCCAUGUCUUGCAACCUGUUAUAGACUAUAUCCUAGAACUAGGUGUUCUCACCAACGCGCAUCAUCGUUCAGAGUUACAAGCCCGGUUUGGACCGCUUCUUCGCCCAUUCUUCGACCGAGAUCAUCCAGAUUUUGUUGGAAAGGUGCCGCCUCGGACCGAAUGGCCGGGGAGAGAUGGCACUCAUAGGAUGUAUGAUCAAUCGGACUUAGUUAGAAUAUCAAAAAUAGAAGAGGCAGAGUUCAGGGAACGAUUAAAAGUGGAAGAAACAACUGUUACUGGUGUUUAG